AUGACAUACACUCCGCGGCGCCGAACUCUUAACCAGCGGUCGUUCAUUAUCAUCAUCUGUAUCCUCCUGGUCCUGCUCUGGCAAACAUGGAACAAGCGCGCUUGCGAGAAGGAUUCGGAGGAGCUGGUUGAGAAAUACACCUCCUCCGAUGCCGCACCGGCACUGGCGCCGAAGGCUGACGAUGUGCUUCCUUGCCGCAAGAUACCAGGGGCAGAAGACACUGUGGUUAUCAUCAAGACGGGGUCAACCGAGUUCGUGGACAAGCUGCCCCGGCAUCUCAACACCACGACACGAUGCUAUCCGAACUACCUCAUCUUCUCCGAUUACGAAGAGAACUACGAAGGCCAGCAGAUCAUCGAUGCGCUCCAAGAAGUUAGUCCGAAGAUCAAGGAGGAGCACGUGGACUUCGAGCUACACCGAAGGCUGAAGGAAAGGGGACGAGCGGCGCUGGCAGCAGAAGAGCUGAAUAGAGUGCCCGGGGACCCGAGCGCAUGGACCGGGCAUACGGAUAACCCAGGCUGGAAGCUGGACAAGUGGAAGUUCUUGCCCAUGGUCAACCGUACGCUGGUUGAGUACCCGGACAAGAAGUGGUAUGUCUUUGUCGAGGCGGACACGUACGUUCUUUGGGGCUCCUUAUUGCACUGGCUGCGGUCCAUGAACUCGAACGAGCCACACUACCACGGCAAUCAGAUGGCCAUCGCAGGCGACCUCUUCGCGCACGGCGGAUCCGGCUUCGUCGUGUCGCACAAGGGCUUGCGGAUGGUUGUGGACCAUUGGUACGAAUACCACGACUCCAUCGAACAGUUUACCGAUAUGCACUGGGCGGGAGAUUGCGUGUUGGGGAAGGCAUUUAGAGAGUCCGGCGUCCCGCUUACAUUCUCUUACCCAGUCUUGCAGACAGAUCACCCCGGCAUGAUUCCGUAUACUGGAUCUGAUGGAAAGCCCAUCGGCGAUGUCACAAAGCGGCCUUGGUGCUACCCAACGAUUUCGUACCACCAUCUCAAUGCCGAGUGGGUGGAGGACAUGUGGCAGUUCGAGCAAGGGUGGCUCGAAGACAAGGACAUUAAAAAUCCAGGGUUCCUCCGCCACUCUGACAUGUUCAAGCAAUACAUAAUCCCACGAAUGCGAACUCCCAAGAUGGACUGGGACAACGCCAGCGACCAGAAUGAGGUGGAGAUCGAGACUUUCGAGGACUGCAGGACGAAAUGCCAUUCCGAUGGAUCCUGCUUGCAAUACUCGUACAGACCGGAGUCGAAGAUUUGCAAGAUGAGCUAUUCGCCAAAGCUGGGGAUGGAGGGUGAGGGUGUGAGAUCUGGCUGGAUACUGGAGCGGAUGUGGUCUUUGGCGGAGAAUAUGCCUGCUUGUAAGGAUGAGGGGUUCCUCUAG